AUGUCGAAUCAAGAAUAUAGAUUGAAAGACAGUUCAGGUUUCGAUGCACUCAUAUUACACAAAUCAACUGAAAUUCCACAACCAGGACGUGGUGAAGUUCAAAUCAAGUUUCAUGCUUGUUCACUUAACUAUCGAGAUCUAGUAAUCAGUAAAGGAGAGUAUGUAGCUCCAGUAAAAAAGAACGUAGUACCAGGAAGUGAUGGUGCUGGUGAAAUAACAGCGGUUGGUGAAGGAGUAAAACAAUUUAAAGUAGGUGAUCGUGUAUCACCAAAUUUCUCUUUAGACUAUAUAGGUGGAAAAUUAACCGAAGAAGCAGCUACAUCAGGUAUGGGUGGUGAUGUCGAUGGAUGUCUACGUCAUUAUGGUGUCUUUCCAGCAUUGAGCUGUGUUAAAAUUCCUAUAUCUCUCUCUUAUGAAGAAGCUGCAACGUUACCUUGUGCAGCACUGACAGCAUGGAAUGCUCUUUUUGGUUUGCCAAACAAGCAAUUACGACUGAGUCAGACUGUUCUUGUGCAAGGUACUGGUGGCGUUAGUAUCUUUGGGGCACAAUUUGCAUUAGCAGCUGGUGCAAAAGUUAUUCUUACAUCAUCUUCUAACGAAAAAAUUACUUUUAUAAAAAAAUAUCUUGGUGAAAAGAAUGUUUCUACAAUUAAUUACAAGGAAAUACCAGAAUGGGGUAAAAAAGCAAAAGAAAUAAGUGAUGAUGGCAAAGGAGUUGAUCAUAUUCUUGAUGUUGGUGGUGCAAAGACAUUGAAACAAUCGUUAGAAGCAAUUGCAUUCAAUGGAUCAGUAAAUGCUAUUGGAUUUCUUGCACGUAACAAGAAAGACGACGAGAGUUCAUCAAUUGGUGAUAAUGAUACAUCUAUGUAUGCAUUGAAGAAGAAUGUUACUCUACGUGGAAUUCAAGUUGGUAGUGUUGAACAGUUUAAUGAAAUGACUCGGGCUAUUGAUAUGCAUCAGAUUAAACCUCUUAUUGAUAAAGUAUUCAAAUUUGAAGAUCUAAAGAGUGCCUAUGAACAUCAAUGGUCUCAACAACAUAUUGGAAAAGUGGUUAUCAAAAUAACACCAAAUUAA